AUGCACAUCACUGCCGCCGCUCCGAGGACCACAGUGCUGAAGAACGAGCCGCCACCAGAGCCGUCCUUUCAGCUACCGGAUCUCCUGGCAGUGAACAGCCAUCCAGCGGAUGCAGCGGCGAUCGUCGGCUGGCCAUUGGCUCCACCUCCGAAUCUUCUAGGCCCAACGCCUUCUACUCAGGGUCGAAUGUCAACUCCAUCGUCAACAACCGUGACGAACUGCACGACGUCAACGCCAGAGACGGUAGCUCUACGUGUGUCUGGUUUCCAGUCCAAGCGGCAGAAGUGGACACGUCGAUUGGUCAUCACCAAGCAGCCUGCGUCCGAGUUCUACAAAGACGAAGGCGGGAAGGCCAAUGCACUUGAAGUGGAGGUGACACUGGUGGAGUUUAACGAGCACGGGGACCCUGCUCGCACCCCUGAUAAUGACUUCAUCGACAUCCCAUUACGUAUCUUGCUCUUUUUCGAGUCUGGAAAGCGUGUAGAUGACACGGAUCAAGAAAUCUUCCGCUUCGUGGGCAACGACUACGACUCGGUAGUGAUUCGAAAGACAACACGCAAGGCAUUGGUGCAGUUUCGGCUCGAGAAAGUGAGUCGUCGAAAAGAUGGUCAAAGAUUCAAGCUGCGGAUCGAGGUGGACCAAGAGCAAUGUACCGCCAACGUUGCAGACCUCACGCCAGUCUUUACGAAUGCGAUUUGCGUCCUGUCCAAGCGGAAACAUCCGAGUUCGUACAACUCGGACUCGUCUACGCGUACGAAAGAGCCUCCUCCCAAAUUGCUGAAACGAGAUUUGGCCGUGCUGGAAGAGAGAUUGAGUCGGAAGAUUGAUGGACUGGCGACUCAGCUUCAUCACUUGAGCCAACUCGUCAAAAAGCAGCACAUGCCGCAUAUUCCUCCGCCGAUAGUGCAUUGCCCUCCAAGCGAUAGUUCGAUACUUGAACUGCUGCUUCGGUCUAAUACUGUCGAGGAUGGACCAUGGCCCAAGACAGUGCUGGAGCCGCAUAUGCUUUCUGGCGCAGCCAUGCCCUACUUUGAAGUCGCGGACGAGUCAUAUCAUGGCGUCGAUGCCGAUCUCACUCCGGCGCUUGUUCCUGCGUCGACUACAGAUACAACUCCAGCAGACACGCGAACCAGUGAGACGACCACGACACCUUCACUACCAUUCGGAGACAUCUGA